CGCGCGGCGUUCGAACUGGUCCAGCGCGUGAGCCGCACGACGCAAGCCGAUAGGUGGGGCUAAUGGCGGCCAGAGGCGGGGUCUGUGGGCCGCCUGAGGCGGGAGGGCUGCGAUGGAGGUGUCGGUUAAGCUGAACGGGACUCAGCCGGUGGAGGUGGAUGUCUGCGGCUCUCCGAGCUUCAGCUGCUGGAGGGCAGCCAGGAGCUGCGAACCGCGGUACGACCAGACCGUUGACCUCCGUGUACAAAUAGGGCUUGGUGAACAGGCAUGUAACACUGCAAUUAUCUGGAGCUUCUAAACUGAAUCUUAAAAUUGUAGAAAAUAUUUAUCAAGACCGAAUUAGCAAGUGGUGAACAUCUGAUCACAGAAUACCUAUGAAUUCAUCAUUACCACACUCGGCUUCACCCCAGAAUCCAAGCCCAGACCUUGAGAGCAGCACCAUUCAGAAACAGAGGAAAGAACUCCAGCUGUUACUAGCAGAACUGAAAGAUCGUGAUAAGGAGCUGAAUGACAUGGUUGCAGUGCAUCAGAGACAGCUGCUAGCCUGGGAAGAUGAUCGACAAAAAAUACUAACUCUGGCAGAACGCUGUAGCAGGUUAGAAAAUGAACUACACAAAAGAAAUGAGAUGAUAAGAACAUUAACACAAAGAUUAAAGGUCUUAGAAUCUCAGCAGAAUGAUCGUAGGACAACACUUGAAAAUACUCAACAGAAGCUUCAGGAGCUGUCCCAAAAAGCAACAGAUGCAACUCUUCAUUGUCAGGCCCUGGAGGAGAAAAAUCAAAGUCUCAACUGUUCAGUGUUGGAGCUGUCUGCUAAGAUAGGCCAGUUACAAGCUAGAGAACAGGAACUCAUUACGAUGCUAAAGCUAAAGGACAAAGAUAUACUUGAAGCAACCAAUCACAUUACUGAAUUUACAUCUAAAUUUAAAAAGUUGGAAAGUGCAUUGCGUACAGCUAAGAUGGCAGAAUCCAGUAUCAAUAAAGAAAAGCUGGAUUUCAAACUGAGACUGAAACAACUAACAUUUGAAAUGAAUAAAUUAAAAGAUGGCCUCAGUGAAAAAACAAAAGAAAAUAAUGAGCAGCGGGAAGAAAUCAUGCGCCUCAAACAAGAAAACAACUACUUGAAGAAUGAGCUCCUACUUAAUGUUGAGAAAGCAAAUAGACAAGAUCAGCUUCUUCAAUCUGCUAAAUCUAAACAAGUACGGACCAAUACAGAACUGUCCAAUUUGCGGCAGAUCUAUGUAAAACAGCAGCAUGAUCUGCAAUUUCUUCAUUUCAACUUGGAGAGUUCUCAAGAAUUAUGGCAGAAACACAAGGAGGAGGCACACAAAACAAACAUAGGUUUGGUAUUAUCAGACCUUGAAAGUAGCAACGAAAAAGACACAGUUAGCAGUGAAGGCACUGAGAAGAUACCUAAGGAAUAUGGGACUACACAAACUCGGAAAUGCAGUCUAAAAAAAAUCUGUAAUAUGUGUGAAGCAGAGAAUAGCCAGCUAAUUAAUGUGUCAGACAUGGAGGAAAGUACCUUGGCUCACUUAAAUCGGCUUCAGAAAAACUUUCAAGGCUUAUCACAUGGACAAAAGACUUUGUUUAUGGAAGAUGAAAAGCAGAAUGCUUCAGUAAGCACAGAUGAACUAGACAUCAGAACUGUAUCUGAUAGAAACAGUAUGAGGUCUGUGGAAGGCAGGGAAACAUCUCAAACUUCACAAGAUGUAUUUCUAAGCAGAGACCAGAAAAACUUUGGAGCAUCUUUACCUAUACACGAGCAUUGGCUCAACUUCAGUCCUCAUUUAGAUUCGUUGAAUUGCUGCCGUCCUGGGUCAAAGCAGUCUGACAGAACUGAUGUUGAAUGUAAUGAUCAGACAGAGACAGUGGGAAUUUUCUGUGACCGAAAAAGCAGUGUGUCUCCUGGUACACUUCCCAUAGACGAAUCUGGCUUCUGUACUCUUAACUCCAUCAUAAAUAAAGCUGCAUGUUAUAAGCCAGUAACGGAUCUGGAAUGGAUGCAGAUUUUCAGACCAAUAGAAGGAGAUGGAAAUGUGUGGUGCAGAGCAGUUUGCAACUGUCCCAAGACUGCACAUGGAAUAAAAAGUACUACCUUAAAAAGGUUAUGUAUUGUUUUUGAAAACCCAAAUAUAUAGAUACAACUAUAAUUAUGUAGGAAUCUGGACUACCUCUUGACAACUUUAUUUAACUUGUAACAAGAUUUUAAAAUCCAUAUUAAGUUUCAAAGGAAGACUAGCAACUUGAAACUACGUAAUUUUAAAUUUACUUAGUUUCAAGUAUCACAUUUUUCCUGUUCUUAUAUAUUUUUGUUUGUUUGUUUGUUUUUCCUCCGGUUGUGUGAAAGACCCAGACAAACAAGGAAAGCUCUGAAAUUGACUAAACAAUAUGCUGUCAAAUGCACAAAUAUCAAAUUAAGGGGAAAGAGUGGAUUUAUUUAAUUUUUUGUUGAAAAAACCAAAAAACAAAACCACAUUUGGUUAUAAUGUUACCAGUAUCACUAGUAGAUAAAUCUUCACACAGAAGAGAGAGAUUUAUUUUUAAGAUAUCAAAUCUAGUCACUGUGUGAAGUUUUUAUUGCCCUUUUUGAUUUCAGUUGACAACUCAAUAAGUGUCUGGAAAAGAAUGUAAAAUCCAUGCAUUUUACAUAUGCUGCUUCAAAUUCGUUGAGGAGAGAAAAUGAAAUAACUUUAAGUUUAAUAAUAAACCAAACCCAUAGCUUAAUGUGGUAUCGAUCCCACAAUAAUUUUAGUUGUCUGACACAUUUAUUGAUCUUUAGAUCCCCGUGUCAUAUUAGAAAAAAUUGAGAUGUAGUCAGAGGCCAGUGGGAUGGAGAAUAAAACUUCUCAAGAUGCAGAAAUUCAAAGAAAUACUGGUAUAUUUUGCAGGCUUUGGGAGCCCUCUAAGGAAACAUUUAUGUACAGAGUGUUAGGCUGACAGUGGGCAAGGAAAUUCAAAGCUCUGACUAGUUAUGGUAUAUCACGAGACAGCAGUUGUUCACUGAGGAGCAGUUCUCUUCAGUUUCCCUCCUCGGAUUGCCUAAUUUUUUUCAGUUAUCAAUAUUAUUGUACAAGGACUUAAUCCUUUGGAUGACAUUACAAAUAAUUCAUCCCUAUUCCCACUUAACUCUCCACUAGACACAGAAGAGGCCCAUCUCUUCAGCUGGUGUAAAUCAGCUAGCACAAUUGAUUGCAAUAGAUUUACACAGACUUACACUAGUUGAGGAUCUUGCCCAGAGAAUAUAUUCCAACAUCAUAUUGUAUGAACUUUUAUGUAGGGGCAUGUCUAAGGUACUGACUCUUGUUGUUGAAUUGUUUUAAAACAAGAAAGAAAAUGUUGUAUAGGUCCAUUUCACUUCAGGGACAAAAGUUUUGAUGAAUAGGCAUCCGUUUGAAAUGGAAUGCUGUUGUGGAGCAUUCCCACAUAGCUUAGCUUAGUUUUGCGUUUGUAAACCAGCUUUUUUUAUUUGGUUAAAGUUACUUUGGACUGUUCCUAAAUCAUCUCUCCCCCUCUACUCCCCUUUCUUCUACCACCACCCACCC